AGAUUUAUAAGGAACUCUUCCUCUGAAUUCAUGGUGUUUCAUCAUAUAUACAACUGAAAAAUCAGGACCUUUUUAGGUUACUGUUACUCAAACAAAAAGAUGACAUCUAUUAUCAAAUUAACUACCCUCUCUGGGGUCCAAGAGGAGUCUGCUCUUUGCUAUCUUCUCCAGGUUGAUGAGUUUAGAUUUCUAUUGGACUGUGGCUGGGAUGAGCACUUUUCUAUGGAUAUUAUAGAUUCCCUGAGGAAGCAUGUUCACCAGAUCGAUGCAGUGCUGCUAUCUCACCCGGAUCCUCUCCAUCUGGGUGCCCUCCCGUAUGCUGUGGGAAAGUUGGGGCUCAAUUGUGCCAUUUAUGCAACCAUUCCUGUUUAUAAAAUGGGACAGAUGUUCAUGUAUGAUCUUUACCAGUCUCGACACAAUACAGAAGAUUUCACACUCUUUACGUUAGAUGAUGUGGAUGCGGCCUUUGAUAAAAUACAGCAGCUGAAAUUCUCUCAGAUUGUAAAUUUGAAAGGUAAAGGACAUGGCUUGUCUAUCACACCUUUGCCAGCUGGUCACAUGAUAGGUGGAACAAUAUGGAAAAUAGUCAAAGAUGGAGAAGAAGAAAUUGUUUAUGCAGUUGACUUCAACCACAAGAGGGAGAUCCACUUAAAUGGAUGUUCCCUGGAAAUGCUAAGCAGACCCUCUCUACUUAUCACAGAUUCAUUUAAUGCUACAUAUGUGCAGCCUAGAAGAAAACAGAGAGAUGAACAACUUCUGACAAAUGUCCUGGAAACACUUCGAGGUGAUGGAAAUGUAUUAAUAGCAGUGGACACUGCAGGCAGAGUUUUGGAACUUGCUCAACUUCUUGAUCAGAUCUGGAGAACUAAAGAUGCAGGAUUGGGUGUUUACUCCUUGGCACUCCUAAAUAAUGUCAGUUAUAAUGUGGUGGAGUUUUCUAAGUCCCAGGUAGAAUGGAUGAGUGAUAAAUUGAUGAGAUGUUUUGAAGACAAAAGAAAUAAUCCAUUUCAGUUUCGCCAUCUCUCUUUAUGCCACGGUCUUUCUGACUUGGCUCGUGUGCCUAGCCCCAAAGUUGUACUUGCCAGCCAACCUGACCUGGAAUGUGGAUUUUCAAGGGAUCUCUUUAUUCAGUGGUGUCAGGACCCUAAAAACUCAAUCAUUCUGACUUAUAGAACUACUCCUGGGACUUUAGCACGUUUCCUAAUUGAUAAUCCUUCUGAAAAAAUUACAGAAAUAGAGUUGAGGAAACGUGUGAAGCUUGAAGGGAAAGAACUUGAAGAAUACUUGGAAAAAGAGAAGCUAAAGAAGGAAGCUGCUAAAAAACUUGAACAAUCAAAGGAGGCAGAUAUUGAUUCCAGCGAUGAGAGUGAUGUGGAAGAAGAUAUUGACCAGCCGUCAGCUCAUAAGACAAAGCACGACCUGAUGAUGAAAGGUGAAGGUAGUAGAAAAGGAAGCUUCUUCAAACAGGCAAAGAAAUCUUAUCCCAUGUUUCCUGCCCCAGAAGAAAGGAUUAAAUGGGACGAGUAUGGAGAGAUCAUAAAACCAGAGGAUUUCUUAGUGCCAGAACUUCAAGCUACUGAAGAAGAAAAAAGCAAAUUAGAAUCUGGCUUGACAAAUGGAGAUGAACCCAUGGAUCAAGAUUUAUCUGAUGUUCCUACUAAGUGUAUUUCUACAACAGAGUCUAUUGAAAUAAAAGCCAGGGUUACUUAUAUAGACUAUGAAGGACGCUCUGAUGGGGAUUCCAUUAAGAAAAUCAUUAAUCAGAUGAAACCACGACAGUUGAUCAUUGUCCAUGGCCCACCAGAGGCCAGUCAAGAUCUGGCAGAGUGCUGCCGCGCGUUUGGUGGGAAGGAUAUUAAAGUGUACAUGCCAAAGCUACACGAAACAGUCGAUGCCACCAGUGAAACACACAUCUACCAGGUGAGAUUAAAAGAUUCACUUGUCAGCUCCCUUCAGUUUUGUAAGGCAAAAGAUGCUGAAUUAGCAUGGAUAGAUGGUGUCUUAGACAUGAGAGUUUCCAAAGUAGACACAGGAGUUAUUUUAGAAGAAGGAGAACUAAAGGAUGAUGGUGAAGACUCAGAGAUGCAGGUGGACGCUCCUUCCGAUGCCAGCGUCAUAGCUCAGCAAAAGGCCAUGAAAAGUCUGUUUGGAGAUGAUGAGAAAGAAACGGGUGAAGAAAGUGAGAUCAUCCCCACCUUGGAGCCUUUGCCACCGCAUGAGGUUCCUGGACAUCAGUCAGUUUUUAUGAAUGAACCAAGACUAUCAGACUUCAAGCAAGUUCUUUUACGGGAGGGGAUUCAAGCUGAAUUUGUAGGAGGUGUACUUGUUUGCAACAAUCAAGUAGCAGUUCGUAGAACGGAAACUGGACGCAUCGGAUUAGAAGGCUGCCUUUGUCAAGAUUUUUAUAGGAUAAGAGACCUUUUAUAUGAACAGUAUGCUAUUGUGUAAAAGACAGGAUGUCAAGAAGUAUCUGCUUGACCUUUCUAAGAAAAAGGAUUCUUAUCUUAUUUUAAGCUUUUGCUGUUUUGUUUUGUAACAUAUGAAAGAAAUCUGCCAGAAAAACUGAACAUGUAUUACAUUUUUAAAAUGUGUAAAUAGUGGGCUAAGAGUGUAGCUCAAUGGUAGAGCGUUUACCUAGCAUGCUUAAGACUCUGGGUUCAAUCCCCAGUGCUACAAAAAAGAAAAAAAAGGAGAUAGAGACCAUUUUGCUAAUGCCCAAAUGAGCUCCCUACCUUUGGCUUUCACUGUGUUAGAGGUCCUAACAAGUGUACAGGCCUGAGAAUUGAAGGUAAUUGGUUUCUUUUACAGACCCCUUAUUUUAGAAGGACUUUUUACUUGAAUACAAUACAACUUAGCAAACCAGUUCAUGGCCUUAGAGAAACAUGGUUUGCAGGCAGUCUUGCAAACUGUUUCUUAUAUUUUCUGGAAUGAAAAGUGAGAGUUAUUUAAAAAAGAUGUGUUACAAAAGAGAAGCAAAAUUGAUAAAACAGUUUUUUGAGCUUAGGGAUUUAAAAAACAAAAACAGCAUGUGUGCUAUGACUCUUGAAUUCUAAUAUGCAAUCUGUUUUUGCAUGGAGCAUAUCUGCUUCAUGCCUAUAUUGCCCAGUGACUCACUUUCGUGUGAUAUAGUACACAUUUUGUUCAGAAAUCAUUUUUUCAUUUCUCCCAUUUCUUGUUUUAUCAAGAUUCUGUUGUUCAGUUUGAAUUAUGAUAGCAUCAUUUAAAUAUAUGUCAUUUAAAGGAACUCCUGGAUGUGUUAUCGUCUUAAGAGUUCUGCAUACAGGUUAGACACAUCUUAGCUAUCACCUAGGUUACUGCUGUAUUUGAAACUUGUUAGUGCUCUAUUUUUAAGAAAACAAAGUUAAACCUCACAUUUUUAUAAGAUAAUAGUACAAUUUAAUUAAAAGAUGUAAAUGUUUUAAUCUCUUAGGAUUGCUCUCUCCUAAGGUUACCUAAAUUGUGGUUGGAUUUUAUACACAUUACUGCAAAAGUACUAAAAUUGGAUAAGAGAUUCUUUGCUGUCCCGAUAUAGUGUAAACCACGUGUGUUUGAGAGUAAAAGUUGAAUAUAUGCAAUUUUCACUGAACUUAAGCAGUGAAAACCAUGUUGCCCUCCUGUAA